AUGCCUUUUGAUGAAUUCUCAAAAUGGUAUGAUUUUAUGAAUGAGCAGGGUAUGGCUGACAUAGUUGAUUCAGAUACAUUUGAUGAGUCAGAAGAAUUAGAUGAGAAAUCAGAAAUAAGUAAUAAAUUCUGGGAAGCAGAUGACAUAAUUCAACAACUACAAAUAAUAACUCAAAAAAAUUCAGAUAGUUCAUAUACUAGCCAGUUUUUUGAUACUAAUGAAAUUUCUCAACGAAUUAGUGCAGAAGAUAAGUCAGGCAAUAUAAUAG